GAAAGACGACAAGAGUUGCUCUCGGGAAGGGUGAGUUAACAGUAUUUGAAAUACAAUAUUUUCACCAUGAAUGCUGAUAAAGAUGAGAACCAAAGGUCCAGAAAUCAUGAUCUUCACUUUUUUCAUGCCUGGACUAUGCUAAUCAUGACGGUGCUGUUUCUUCCUGUGACUGAAACAUCAAAACAAAAUAUUCCACGGCUCAAGCUAUCCUACAAAGACUUGCUCCUUUCAAACACCUGCAUCCCGUUUUUGGGUUCAUCCGAAGGAAUGGAUUUCCAGACGCUUCUUUUGGAUGAGGAGAGAGGCAUGUUGCUCCUAGGAGCCAAAGACCAUGUAUUUCUGCUCAGUCUGGUCGACUUGAACAAAAACUUUAAGAAGAUUUAUUGGCCUGCUGCAAAGGAACGGGUGGAACUAUGUAAAUUAGCUGGGAAAGAUGCCAAUAAUGAUGUAGGUGGGCAGCGAAGUCUAAUAAACAAAUGGACUACUUUUCUUAAGGCGAGACUGGUUUGUUCAAUUCCUGGAAGCGAUGGUGCAGAUACUCAUUUUGAUGAACUUCAAGACAUUUAUUUACUCCCUACGAGAGAUGAAAGAAAUCCUGUAGUAUAUGGAGUUUUUACCACAACCAGCUCCAUCUUCAAAGGCUCUGCUGUCUGUGUGUACAGCAUGGCUGAUAUCAGAGCAGUUUUUAAUGGUCCAUAUGCUCAUAAGGAAAGUGCAGACCAUCGUUGGGUGCAGUAUGAUGGAAGGAUACCUUAUCCCCGACCUGGAACGUGUCCAAGCAAAACCUACGACCCGCUAAUCAAGUCCACCCGAGACUUUCCAGAUGAUGUCAUCAGUUUCAUAAGGCGGCACCCCGUGAUGUAUAAGUCAGUGUACCCGGUGGCAGGAGCACCGACCUUCAAGAGAAUCAACGUGGACUACAGGCUGACGCAGAUCGUGGUGGAUCACGUAGUCGCUGAGGACGGACAGUAUGAUGUCAUGUUUCUUGGGACAGACGUUGGAACAGUCCUCAAAGUUGUCAGCAUUUCCAAGGAGAAGUGGAAUACAGAAGAGGUGGUACUGGAGGAGCUUCAGGUGUUCAAGCACCCGACAGCCAUCUUGAACAUGGAAUUAUCACUGAAGCAGCAGCAGUUGUACGUUGGUUCCUGGGAUGGAUUGGUUCAACUCUCCUUGCACAGAUGCGACACUUACGGGAAAGCCUGUGCUGAUUGCUGUCUGGCCAGAGACCCCUACUGUGCUUGGGAUGGAAAUGCUUGCUCCAGAUAUGCACCUACUUCCAAAAGGCGAGCCAGACGCCAGGAUGUAAAAUAUGGGGACCCAAUCACUCAGUGCUGGGACAUCGAAGACAGCAUUAGUCAUGAAACAGCUGAUGAAAAGGUGAUUUUCGGAAUUGAAUUUAAUUCAACCUUUUUGGAAUGUAUACCUAAAUCCCAACAAGCCUCUGUUGAAUGGUACAUCCAGCGGUCAGGAGAGGAGCACCGGGAGGAGUUGAAACCCGAUGAAAGGAUCAUCAAAACGGACUAUGGGCUACUGAUUCGAAGUCUGCAGAAGAAGGACUCUGGGAUGUAUUACUGCAAAGCACAGGAGCACACUUUCAUCCACACCGUAGUGAGGCUGACUCUGAAUGUCAUUGAGAAUGAACAGAUGGAAAAUACCCAGAGGGCAGAGCACCAGGAGGGGCAGGUCAAGGAUCUAUUGGCUGAGUCACGGUUGAGAUACAAAGACUACAUCCAAAUCCUUAGCAGCCCAAACUUCAGCCUGGACCAGUACUGCGAACAGAUGUGGUACAGGGAGAAGCGAAGGCAGCGCAACAAGGGCGGCCCAAAGUGGAAGCACAUGCAGGAAAUGAAGAAGAAACGGAAUCGACGACAUCACAGAGACCUGGAUGAGCUUCAUAGAGCCAUGGCUACAUAGUUUUCUAUUUAAUUUAAAGAGAGAAUUAUUUACCUGUUUGCAAAACACUGUCUUCUGUUUUAUACACCCCUCAUACUAAUUCAUACACGCUUCCCAUGGAGCCUCUC